GCAGCAGCGGCAGCACCUCACAGUCGAUUCAUCAAUGGAAUUCUCUCUUGUCCUAGCGUUCAUUGCCAUCGUCUUACCCGUAAUCCUCCGUCUCUGGACGAGAGCCAAGAAGAUAUGUCCGGCAAAAUUGCCCCCGGGCUCCCUGGGCCUGCCGGUGAUCGGCCAGAGCCUCGGCCUCCUCCGCGCCAUGCGCGGCAACACCGCCGAGCGGUGGAUCCGGGACCGCGUCGACCGGUACGGCCCCGUGUCGAAGCUGUCGCUGUUCGGCUCGCCGACGGUGCUCCUGACGGGGCCGGCGGCCAACAAGUUCGUCUUCUUCAGCGGCGCGCUGGCGAUGCGGCAGCCCCGGUCCGUGCAGAGGAUCCUCGGGGAGAAGAGCAUCCUGGACAUCGUCGGCUCCGACCACCGGCGCAUCCGCGGCGCGCUGGCCGAGUUCCUGAAGCCGGACAUGCUGAGGCUGUACGUGGGCAAGAUCGACGGCGAGGUGCGGCGCCACCUCGAAGAGAGCUGGGCCGGCCGGAAGAACGUCACGGUGAUGCCCCUGAUGAAGCGGCUCACGUUCGACAUCAUCUCCUCGCUGCUCUUCGGCCUUGAGCGGGGCGCGCUCCGGGACACCCUCGCCGGCGACUUCGCCCGCGUCAUGGAGGGCAUGUGGGCCGUCCCAGUGAACCUGCCGUUCACGGCGUUCAGCCGGAGCCUGAAGGCCAGCGCCAGGACGCGGCGGCUGCUCGCCGGAAUCACGCGGGAGACAAAGGCCAAGAUGGAGCGCGGCGAGGCCUCGCGGAGCAGCGACCUCAUCGCGUGCCUGCUAAGCCUGGCCGACGACCGCGGCGCGCGGCUGCUGAGUGAGGACGAGAUUGUUGACAACUCCAUGGUCGCCCUCGUCGCCGGCCACGAUACGUCGUCCAUCCUCAUGACGUUCAUCGUACGCCACCUCGCCAACGAUCCGGACACCCUCGCCGCCAUGGUCCAAGAGCACGAAGAGAUCGCGAAGAACAUGGGCGACGGCGAGGCCCUGACCUGGGAGGAUCUGGCGAAGAUGAAGUUCACGUGGCGCGUCGCGCUGGAGACCCUCCGCUUGGUGCCUCCCGUCUUCGGCAACUUCAGGACAGCGCUCCAUGACAUCGAGUUCGACGGCUACCUCAUCCCGAAAGGAUGGCAGGUCUUCUGGACGGCGGGCGUGACGCACAUGGACGCGUCCAUCUUCCACGAGCCAAUCAAAUUCGACCCAUCCAGGUUCGAGAACCAGUCCUCGGCGGUGGCGCCGCCAUGCUCGUUUGUCGCGUUCGGCGCUGGCCCCAGGAUAUGCGUCGGGAUGGAGUUCGCCAGGAUCGAGACGCUGGUGACGAUGCAUCACCUGGUGAGGCGGUUCAGGUGGAAGCUCUGUUGCAAGGAGAACACAUUCGCGAGGGACCCCAUGCCGUCGCCGCUGCACGGCCUGCCCAUAGAAAUUGAGCACAGGGCCUCUCCCUGAUCAUGAUUAAAACGAGCAGCAAAUCGUCUGCGUUACUGUGUUCCGACGGAAAGAUACUCUACACCGAUACUCCGUCGGUUUUUGAAUAUUUGGCACUACCCUUUUAUUUGUUUUCAAGCUAAUAAGAUGGUUCAUAUUAAU